AUGUCCAAUCUUAAGCAUCAAUUCAAAAUUCUAAGCAUAACUGGGGAGAACUUCAUAACCUGGAACAACAAUUUAAUAGAGUACCUUUCAUGUGAGGGACUUAACAAAAUCCUUGAAGGAGACAAUUCUGGAAAAACAACAGAUGACCCAGACGAAAUGGAAAAGAAAAAGUCAAAAGUGAACAGAAUAAUAAAGCACCAUCUUGACGAUGGAUUGCAAACAGAAUACUCAAAUGCUAAAGAUCCCAAGAUUUUAUGGGAUAAUAUUAAAGCAAGAUUUGGACAUCAGAAGAAAGUCAUGUUACCCUCAUUAAUGGAUCAGUGGAACAAGUUACGGUUCCAAGAUUACAAAACUGUCAUUGCAUAUAAUUCUGCUAUGCACCAGAUUAUAGUAAAGCUAGAAUUUUGUGGCAAAACUAUAACUGAAAAAGAAAAGUUGGAAAAAACUUUUUCAACUUUUCAUGCAUCUCAGGUAUUAUUGCAACAACAAUAUAGAAUGAGAGAAUACGCUGAGUAUUCUGAUUUAGUUGCAGCUCUUCUGGUGGCAGAACAAAAUAAUGAGCUCCUUAUAAAAAACCACCCGGCACGACCCACGGGAAUAAUGUCAUAUCCUGAAAUUAAUGCCACGACCUUUAAUCGUGGGCGUGGUGGCUUUAAUCGUCUUGAGAGACGUGGUGGUCAUGUUCGUUCUGAUGGUAAUAAUGGUCAUGCUCGUUUUGAUGGUCAAAAUCAAGGAGGAUAUCAUGGUCGAAACCUUUUUCACGGUCGGAACUAUUUUCGUGGUAGAGGACGUGGACGAGGUCAUAUGAAUAAUUAUAGAUCCCUCAGAUAUGACCAAAAUAAUUGGAAUCGCAAAGGAAAUGGUAAGUAUAUCCAAGAAGGUCCCUCAAGGAAUUAUGAAGAUAUAUGCUACAGAUGCGGAAAGAAAUGCCAUUGGUCUAAGGUGUGUAGAACACCAGAACACUUGUGUAAAAGACCAAUGACAUAUGUUGAAGAAAAGGGAAAAGAAGUGAAUUUUAAUGAGAUUGAACCCAUAAACAAUAAUACCUAUUUUGAGACUGCUGACUUUGUUGGAGAAGGUUAUACAUGGAACAUGUCAAAUACAUUUGCAUUCCAGACAGUGGAACUACACACACAAUCCUCAAAAAUUUGA